UGCUAAUUUAAAGACCGAGUUGCUGUGAGAUGUUGAGGAGGAAUGCGUGAAACUUGGACCAGUGGAGCUAGUUAAGGUAUUCAGAGAUCCUGGAUGAUCAAUGAUGUUUUUCUCCUAAUUUUUCUAUUUGAAAUAUAUCACUGUAGACUAUUGACAGAGAAUACAAUACAAGAAGUUAAACAGUUUUCAUGUUAACCAUCCUCAAGGAGUUGUUCUGGUGAGAUUCAAAGAUACUCAAACUUCAGACCUCUCCCGUAGGGGGAGCUGUAGGAACCACUGUACUAUGACCGUAUUCCUACUAACUGGUUGAAUUUCAUUAGUUCCUCAGUUAUAAUCAGGUUAUUGGCUUGCUCAUGUAGUGCAUAACCUUGGCAAAAGCGGAGCAUAUCAUGCUGGUAUUGGUAAACAGCCCCCCUCAGCAACUCAGCGGAUCACACAAAUGCUGAAAAGAGAGCUGAGUUAAAUUUGGAAAAUUAGUGACUAAAAUUUCAUUUUAAUACUGGUGGCCAAUUGGAUACACCAAUGGCGAUAGUUGAUGCACGUGUAAUAAUGUUCAACAUUAGGUCUAGUACUUUAGUUUAACACUUGCUCAAUGAUUAAACCACGUGGGCAUCAACUAAUAUUUUGUAUCUAGAAAAUCCAAGCUGUUGAUCAAAUCCUGAUACAUAUAAGGGUCCACUAGAAAUCCACACGAGAAAACGGCAUGAAAAGCCUGUGGGGACUACUAGAAAAAGCAAUCUUAUUUUCGUUUGCUUUUCACAGAACAGAACUGAACUAGUAUAAUAAUUCUGUAAAAAAGAGAGAGCGAGAUUCUUCUUCGUCUGGUUUUACUGAUGAAUUCUUCAUUACUGAAUUUAUCUGAGAAUUGAAAGGUAGAAGAAGAUGUUUUACUCUCAUCAACUACUCGCCAGGAAAGCACCAUUAGGCCAAAUCUGGAUGGCGGCCACUCUGCAUAAGAAACUGAAGAGGAGGGAACUGGAUAAGCUUGAUAUAGUGAAAAUCUGCCACGAGAUUAUGAAUCCUUCUGUUCCUAUGGCUUUGAGAUUGUCGGGAAUUUUAAUGGGUGGGGUUGUGAUAGUCUAUGAGAUGAAAGUGAAGCUUCUGCUUGGUAAUCAACUUAAACUCACUCUGAAAUUGCCGAUUCAAAUCAUGUGAUUAGUUGCAGAUGAUGCGUCUCGAUUACUGGUUCAAUUCGAUGACACGUGGAAGUUGAAAGCAGUUCGAGAUCAAACUGUACUCCCAAAGGGGAAGAAUCAAGCCAAGUUUGAUGAAGUAACAAUGGCUGAGAACGAUCCAAUGGAUGAUACAGCUGAGAUCGAACAAUCACGUGAUAACAACAACUACAAGUACAAUCACGAUAAGCCUGCUUAUUUCCCUGUGGAACUGGACUUAAUGGAGGAGUGUUUUACUAGCGAGGGGAAAGACCCAGAGGAUAAAAACCACCACCAAGCUAAUAGAGAAAAAAUUACAUUGCUUGAACCUGUUGAAACCACUCCACCAGAGCAACAUCAAUUCAAUCGCUUUGAGAGGUUUGAUGUUGACGGGGAUGACAAAGACGUAUAUACAAAUUUCAGUUUUCAUGAGAUACCCAUUACACUUGCUCCUACGCCACCACCAAAAAUUCAAGGCCCUGUGGAAGCUGAUGACAUGAACCAGCAGGAGGUACAAGAAGACGAGGUUAAGCCAAAAGGGAAUAUGGGAAGAAAAAGAAACAAACAGCUUGCUAUAGAUUUCAAUCUUGUCAUCAGCAAUGAAGAAUUGCAGAGCUGGCUUACAGACGCCUCCGACCUUGUACAAAGAAGGAAGCGAGCAACAUCUAUCCGUAGAAUGAACACAGCACAGCUCAUGGACAUCCCUCCCGUGGCUCUUGUAAUGGGGUUGGCAGGAAAGUAUAGCACAGAGAUCUAUUAUCCGAAACCUCUGCUUGAUUUUAAUACUAGAAGAAUCCAUAUUCGCGAUUCCCCUUCUGGUCAAUUUUCAGGAAGUACUCCAGAGCCCCAAUCAACGGAACCAAUCACACCAAUUGUGAACAAGAGAGUUGAUACAAAUCCAGCAGAUCUGCCCGUUGAAGAUGUGCACAGCGGUGUUAGGACUCAUUCCAUGCGAGCAUCUGCUGAAAAGCAAAUGCCAAAACAUUCUGUUCCCGUUGAAGAUGUGCACACCGGUGUUAGGACUCGUUCCAUGCGAUCAUCUGCUGAAAAGCAAAUGCCAAAACAUUCUGUUCCCGUUGAAGAUGUGCACACCGGUGUUAGGACUCGUUCCAUGCGAGCAUCUUCUGAGAAGGAGGUUGAAGUUUCUCUUUCCAAGCAACCAUCCAUUGAGAAGCCAAUGAAAAUGUCAAUAUCAAUAUCUCCUGAGGCCAACAUGAUUUUCACUCCUGGACAUUCUGGGGACAGUGAGAGAUCCUCUCCAAGCUCUGAACUCGGAAAUGUCUUCCUGCCAGUGGAACCAGAAGUCCAGUUAUCUUCAGGAAGAAAAAGGCAUUCGUCAAGGCACAGUGGAGCAAACCUUGCUCCAGUAGACGAGGAUCUAAUACGGGAUUCACCUGAACCUGAUUUCAAGUUCAGAAGAAUCUCAGAGAAUGAGGUCUUACGUGAGAGCGAAACGCUGGUUGGAUCCACUCCAACCCAAGAUCCACCUGCGUACCACGAGCAACCAAUGGGCAAGACUGCUGAUGCAAUCCGAAAGCACCUAAAGACACAUUUUGAAGCACCAGGAGCAUUUCAAGUAGAGUCCCUAAAUGAUCUAGCUGAAGGAGCAAACCGGAGUAAAGCUUCCCAGCUAUUCUACCAAACAGAAUUUAAUUUAAUUUUCAAACAGAAUUUUGAAGAGGAAUGGUGAACUUGGAUGAUUGUUUCUUGUGCAUCCAACUGUAAGACAGAAAGUUUGCUAAAAAUACUCUAUCAGUUGAUAACAUAUGAAAUUUGAUCUCUAUAA